GACUUCCGUACGUCAGGAAAGAGAAUGACGCCUUUCCGGUGCUUGGCCUUUCCUUCCUUCCGCGCGGGUUUUUUGACCGUUUGGAGCAUCCGUUGCCAUCCAUCAGGUCCCUACGUUCAGUGAAGGAAACUCCAUUCCAGCAGAGAAGCACUCUUCACCUUAUGUCGAAAAUGGGUGAAAACAGAGCUUCCUUACAGAAAGGUGUCUUAUCCCACCUGGAGAAGCUGGAGGCUGCUGCCCACGAAGUUGCGCUGAAACGGGGAGAACUGAAGACUCAGGAGGAAGACACGGCCAGGAUGAAGCGGAGAAUCAAGGAGUUGCGGCGCCAGAGGGAUGUGCUCAGGACCAAACUGGGUGUGUGUCGCUCUCAGUUCGUUGGAGGCCAAGACACCACAAGCUGUGAUGCUACAGAAACCGGCCAGGAAGCCCUCUUGGAGUGGAAGACAGAGACGCUUAAGGGCCUCCUGGGGGUUUUCCAUCUGACAGGCCUCAGUGGGAGGCUGACCCAUCGCGGGGCCUGCCUGCAACUCAGCACUGCCUUUGAAAACACCUACCUGGACUCCUAUCGCCUGGACCUUCUCAUCAAGCAGCCGGUCCAGAUCCUGCACCACUCUGUCCCGCCCUUCAUCCCUUUGGAGCAAAUCGCUCACAAGUACCUGCAGACGGAUAUCCGGCGCUUCCUGUCGGUGCUGUCGGACCACCUGAACGCUAUGGCCGGGAGGAAAUUCCAGGUGGAUCAGUUACAGGAGAAUUUUGCCGAUUUCCUCGACGGCGGCUUGCAGAGAAAUUCCUUGUGCAAUUUGCUGGAAUUCCGCUACCGUUUGGCUAGAGACAGCGAGACGUUUCCAUUCGUGGCCAGGCUCACUUACGCAAACCGUGUCAGCACCCUCCCCACGGAAGCCACCGUCUCUUGCAAAGAAGAUGCUCCGGCCUCCUUGGCAGAGACGGCUGCCGCUCACAAAGCCUUGUUCCUCGAGAAACCUCUCCAUCGGGUCUUCAGCGCCAUCACGGCCUCCCCAGACAGCCUGGGCUAGGCUCUUUCGAUGGAAUCACUCAUCGCCUCCCUGGCUUUGCCUUCCACCUGA